AUGUCUGUUACUGCAAAGAAUUGCGAUAUUACAUAUGCUAUCGGAAAAGAUACUAAAAUCCCUGCUGUUGCAUUGGGUACCUGGAAAGCUGCUCCAAAUGAAGUGUACACUGCCGUUUUAGAAGCAUUGAAAGCUGGUUACAGACAUAUUGAUGGUGCUGCUAUCUAUUGUAACGAAGAAGAGGUUGGAAAAGCUAUCAGGGACUCUGGAAUUCCAAGAAAAGAUAUCUUUGUGACCACCAAGUUGUGGGGUACUGAACAAAGAAACCCACUCCGUGCCUUAGAUUCUUCUCUCAAGAGAUUAGGCUUAGAUUACGUUGACUUAUAUUUGAUGCAUUGGCCAGUUGCAUUGAAAGCUGAUUCCAUCACUGAUAAUGACCUAUUGACAAUUCCAAAAUUACCAUCUGGUAAGACCGAUAUUGAUAUUGAAAAUUGGAACUUUAUUAAGACUUGGGAAUUGAUGCAAGAAUUACCAACAUCUAAAGCCAAAGCUAUUGGUGUUUCCAACUUCUCCAUAAAUAACUUAAAUGAACUAUUAGCUGCACCAACUACCAAGACUAUUCCAGCUGCUAACCAAUUUGAAAUUCACCCAUUAUUACCCCAAAAUGAAUUGAUUAAAUAUUGUCAAGACAAAAAGAUUAUCGUUGAAGCCUAUUGUCCACUAGGUGGUUCCAAUGUUCCACUUGUUACCAACCCAGUCAUUACUGAAAUUGCAACAAAGCUUGGUGUUAAUGCAGGUCAAUUAUUGAUUUCUUGGGGUAUCCAGAGAGGUUACGUUGUUUUACCAAAAUCUGUAAGAAAGGAAAGAAUCGUCACAAAUUUCCAAACUAUUACAAUUCCAGCUGAAGAGUUUGAAAAAAUGAAUAAUUUAACUAAGGAAUUUGGUGUUCAAAGAUCUGUUAAUAUUGAUUUCUCUCCAUUCCCAACUUAUCAAUAA